AGAAGCCUUUCCAGUAGAGCUAAGGAAAUGAAUGUUUUGGUUUUGGUUUCAAGAUGUUGAAUACAUGUCAUAAAAGUCCGCAUGACAUUUUAGUAUAAAUAAGAGUUUCUUUAUCGUGGAAGAGCAUGAAAACUUAACAACCUUGCAAACUAACUUGUGAAGAAGAGAAAAAACAGAAACAGAAAUCAACAUCCCCGAUCCCAUCAUGAAUGCCAACGUUAUGCUAUGCUUUGCUUUUGUGCUGUCUGCACUAUGUGGAGCCAUUGCAGCACCACUACCAAACACAGAAAGUGCAGGAGAGCUGAUCACAAACACAACUGAAAGCAUAGCUGAAAGCUACAACACUACGAGCCCCACCAACUCAACACCUACACAAGAACCUGCUGCUAUCGCUCAAUCUCAGUUCUCAGCCUCAGGGUUCAACUGCAGUACACCUGGCGAAGGUCCCGAGUUUGCAGUGGCUGCUGGCGGUCUGCGUGAAGGAUUAUUUCUGCUCGAUGAUUACAGCAAAAUUGUACAAAGAUGCUACAGAAAUUUCAUUGAUCGAGAGUACCAGUGCAGCACACGAGAGAUCACAAAUAACAACAACAACGACAUUUGGAAUUUGAUGGCCGCGCUUCAGGAAUAUGCUGAUCUGGCCCGACUGGCUUUGCGAUCAGCCAAUCAGCUUCAAGACAAGCCACGAGAUCCAAUGCAAGGAGUUGACGAUCUCAUCUUAGCUGUGCUACACGAUUACAAAACAGUGUUGGCCCAGCAGCAUUGUGAAUGUAACUCCUCCGCCCCCUGUCACCGUGUGGUCCUAACCCCCUCUAUACUACGCCCCGGGUGCAAAUAUUACCCCUACGUUGCACGAAACCUCUAUACAGAUGUCCUCAAGGCCCAAAACAUAACAAAAGGACUAAACCUCCCAACAACGAACACGAUCACUACAAGCCAGUGGGUUAACACUCGCCUAGGCAUCGAUUCCCCCGCUUACACUUACUUUCAGUAAUAAAGAAGAAAAAAUAGGCCUCACCAUUCUAUAUUAAAAUUAGACAAAAAUUGCAUGUAGAAUUGAAAACAUAGGUUAAUUCGAAAAUGGAAUAAAAUUAUAUAUAGUAGUCUAUAUAGCAAAUUAAUUUUAGUGAGAUUAGGAAUUAAAAUUGAUCAAGCCAUCGAAAUCAUCUGCAUGACUAUUAGUCAAGUGAACUACAAAAGUAGAUAAUGUUGUCCUUGUAUAGAUUUUUCAUUGUGUUCUGUGAACA